AUGUUACAGGUGGAGGUGCAGGAGAAGACGAGAACCACGCUGUCUUUACCUGAAGAUUUCGGAGAAGACGUCGGCGACAAGGAGGGGUCGGUUUCUCAAGGGGUAUAUUUGUCUGAAAAAGAUCCUAUUUUGAUGCCAUCACAAGAUUCACGGCUGUCUGUGGGUACUAUUAGAUGUGAGGCUGGGAGUAAAGUAGCUGCAGUUGAACAAAUUCAAGAGACCCCUCUUGUGAUCAAAUCGACUUCUUCUGGUUCUGAGCAAAGGAAGGUGGGACCCAGUGAGCUUCUGGGAGUGGGGAAGAAUGUGGUUUCAGAGUCAUCUUCACGACCAGGAUCAUCUUCUCAUAUUGCUCCUGUUAUUCAUGAAUGGAUAUAUGAUGCAAUGUGCCAUGAUUUACUUGAAAUGGAGGGAAAUAAAUAUGUUCACGUGGUUCCAAGCAAAACAGGUGAUGGUUAUGAAAGGAAAGAGGUCCUUUUAGAGGAUCAUGAUCUAGUAUGGCUGGAGCUCCGACAUUCCCAUAUAGCAGAUCUUUUGAUCAAUGAUGCAUGGCAGAGAUGGUGGGGAGAUGUCUACUCGUGA